AUGGAGGUGCAAGUGGUCCAGGCCCCUCGAGGAGCAGAUACGACAUCUGAAAGUCAGCACUUGGUAAACAGCAGUGAGAGGAUUUGUUCACAGACAUUGUGCCGGGGACGCUGCGAGGCAGUCCACCUCGCAGGUACCCUCCAGCUGGGGAAAGGCAGCCGUUCACAUGAAGGAAGGUGCUGGGGCGGGGGGGAGGCAAACACUGGAGUAUGUCACGUCAUCUCUCCGACUAAGGCGAGGGAGAUGCGCCAACUAACAGAAGAGAUUGCUCCAGAGAGAACUGCGGUGGGACAGGAACGCAGACCAUGCCUGGCACUACUGAAUUGGGUCUGUCUUAAUUUGCUGACGCAGGCAACGGGACGGGGCUCUGCAGCCGGAGUAGGAGCGGAGACGUGGUGGGAGCCUCCCCGGGGCACGGGGCUGAGGCUGAGGCACGUCCCGGCGCUCCUGCCAGCCGUCCCGGGACGGGACGCCUGCGGCCUGGCAGGUGACAGGGAUGCGUGUGGCUUGGCAGGUGGAUCUCCCGGCUGCAGGAAGGGCUUUCUCAACAAACCAGCCAAGAAUAAGCAUACAGUUUUAGAGAGCAGCGGACGGGGUUUUAUUCAACACAGUCCUUAUGUGCUUAAUAAAGCCAUUCACGUAGCUAGAGUUUGCAACUUAGAUGCAGAAAAAGGAUCAGAGGCUCACACGAACAGAGGUGUCCCUCCUCCUCAGCCCCACACUCGCCCGCUCCCUUUGGAAAACAAAGGUGACGGGCCCGGCGUUCGCCUGACUAAAAGAGGCUACAGACCGUCUGGCGAUACACCGCUGUGCCUCUGCGCGUCAAAGUCUCGGGGAAAGGGAACAGAACCAAUCUACGUUCCAUUCCUCAUUGUUGGAUCAAUAUUUAUUGCCUUCAUUAUCGUGGGCUCUCUGGUGGCGGUGUAUUGUUGCACGUGUUUAAGACCUAAACAGCCGUCGCAGCCGAUACGAUUUUCUCUGCGGAGCUAUCAGACCGAGACUCUUCCCAUGAUCCUGGCCUCGACAAGCUUCAGGACGCCAUCGAGGCAGUCCAGUACCGCCACAAGUUCCAGUUCGACUGGCGGCUCUGUUCGCAGGUUCUCCUUUCCCCGGGCAGAGCCGGGCUGCCUUGUGGCAUCGCCACCUCCGCCCUACACGUCUGGCUGCUUCCAGGCAGCCCACGCGGUCCACCUGAGCCAGCCGUCGGGGUUUCUGGUGUCACCGCCGUACUUUGGGUAUCCCCUCCAGGCAGAGCCUGCCCUGGCUGGGAAGAGCUGCUCCGAUUUCAGUCAGAGCUGA